CAGACUCCAGUGACAGGUGUGUUUGGGUUAAGUAGGUGCAUCAUUUAGGUCUGUGGAUGCACAGGAGUUCGCAUCGGCUCAAGUAUGGAUUGCAGCGCAACAUAAGUGCGUACUUGGAGCAUUUUGUUUUGCUUUAUGUCGGCAUUACUCUUUGAUGCAUUCGUUGGUUUCAGAUAGGCUCUGUGAUUGUGUGGUGCCAGGCGCUUUCAAGCGUUUAUAGGCUACUCCCAUUCUGUCAUAUUUGAAGGAUAUUUGACUGCCAACUAUGCUGUGGUAAUGAUGGGCUGGAAUUGAACAUAAGUUUUUAAAGAACUGCAUACGGUCUGGAUUAGUGGUCCCCCCCAUCAUCAUGUUGGUGCUGUUGGACAAGCUUCAGCUUCAGAGAGUGUGAGCUCCACUGAACUGCGGGGAUGAACAUGCCAUUGCACCAAAUCUCUGUCAUCCCUCGUGAUGUCACUUCCUCCCGGGUGUACAGCAGCGGGAAGCCAAAGGAGAAGGACAAACAGAAUGAGAAACCACUUGGUCAUUCUGCAAGCAGGUCCAGCAACAUUUCAAAGGCAGGAAGUCCGACCUCUGUAAAUGCUCCCUGUAGCUUCCCCAGGACUUCAGUGACACCCUCUAACCAGGAUAUAUGCAGUUAUAAUGACCUCACUCAGGACGUGGGCUCGCAGAAGCCCUUACAGGCUACUGUAGUGCUGUUGAACUCUAACGGUAAAAGCUCAGCAUCACAAAGUGUCACCAUGACGACACUCUGCCUGGACUCUCCCACCAAGCCCAAAAAUAGGACCUUGUUUGGCUCUGAAUGGCUCUCUGUACUCAAACCAUCAGUCAACCUGAAACCAGAGGGAGGCAGUCUCAAGUUCUCAAAGUCUCUGAAUGAUGUGGGGCAAAAGAUGGAUAGCCUGUGUAGUGGUCUUCACUUCAUAGACCGCACUUGCUCAGACGGGGAACUGGGCGCAGAGAAAGACCAACAUAUGCAAGGUGGCCACAGCAAAGCCCUUAAUGGAAAAGCCAACUUGCCUCCACCCUUUCCAUCUCAACCUCCGUCCUUCUUCAAUAACUACAAGUACAUCUCCACUCCAGGGCCGGAGCACUGCUUUGCUCCCCCUGGUCCUCCUCAAUCAGACCUCCAGAGAAGCUCCAACUUCCUAUGUCUCAUCUUCCCAUUCGCCCACUCCUCAACCACAGGAAGCUUGCAGGUGUCUGAGAUGGGAAGCUACGCCUCAAGGUUGCAUAUCGCAAAGUCCCCUAGUGCCCUGCUGGAGGUCAGCGAGUCCUGUUGUUUAGAAGAGAUGGGAGAUGAUGAGGUUUUCGAGGAGGACUCGUCCAGGCGGAAGCUAAAAGCAUAUGGGUUGAGGGCCCCAAUUUGCUCCCUUGAGGAAGACAGUGACCUGGAACAAUGCUCCUCUCCAGUGUCUGAUAAAAACGUGCCGCUCUCACCCUACUCCCUGUCUGGGGACUGCUGCAGGAUUUGUCACUGUGAGGGGGAUGAUGAGAGUCCACUGAUCACGCCCUGUCACUGCACUGGGAGUUUGCGGUUUGUCCAUCAGUCCUGCCUGCAGCAGUGGAUCAAGAGCUCGGACACGCGCUGCUGUGAGCUCUGCAAAUAUGAUUUCAUCAUGGAGACCAAGCUCAAGCCACUUCGCAAGUGGGAGAAGCUUCAGAUGACAGCCAGCGAGAGGAGGAAGAUCAUGUGCUCUGUCACAUUCCACGUCAUCGCCAUCACCUGUGUUGUGUGGUCGCUCUACGUCCUCAUUGACCGCACAGCUGAUGAGAUCAAACAAGCCGGGAGAAUACCAGGUGGACUAAAGCUGCAUCCUGGCUUGACAUACGGAGCGUCUGAAAGCAGGAUAUUGGAAUGGCCUUUUUGGACCAAGCUGGUGGUGGUUGCCAUAGGCUUCACUGGUGGACUGGUGUUCAUGUAUGUGCAAUGCAAGGUCUACAUCCAGUUAUGGAGGAGACUCAAGGCUUACAACAGAGUAAUAUACGUGCAGAAUCGCCCAGAGACCUGUAAAAAUACAGUUUUUGAUAAGCCCUCUCUUCUGGAGCCGAACUUGGAGAACAAAGAGGCAUUUGGGCCAGCGCAGUCGGACACAAACUCUUCCCAGUACACAGAGACAGAGGACUACUGUAUGGAGAUACUUCACGUGUGAUCAUACGGCCCACAUGACUGGUUGGCGCAUUGCACGCUCCAGGACAUAUGGGAAAGCCACACACCACUGGGCACAAGGACUGAGACCGAACUCCUUUUGUUGUUAGAUGUUAUUUUCUCUUUGUUUGUUCAUUUGUCUGAUUCCUGUAAGUUGUUGGCUAACCAUAAUGCAUCAAGUGUGUGCUAGAUCUUGGAGCAUUCCAACUACUGCCAUUGUACUGCUGUUGUACAAGAUUUAAAAUCCGCCAUUCAAGCUGUGCGCGUACUGAAGUGUCUGCACCGGUUCUAAUGGAGUCGCAUACAGCAUAAGCACUUUUUUAUUUCCCUGUUCCACAGAGCCCUGUUUUAAUAUUAUUCAAUUCCUUUAUACAUGGAUAAGACAUUAAAACAGAAUUGAAGUUUUGCGAUCAAGAGCUUACGUUUUAUAUAGCUGCAUUUGUAUCUCCACAGAUCCCUUUGGAUGGAACAAAAAAGGAAUUUGAUGGAGCGAUGAGGGAACAUUUAUGUCUUAUGUAAUCAUUCCACUUUACAGGAAAAAAAAAAAAAAGUAUCUACUGAAUUUAGUCAGUGUGAAAUAAAAAGUACCAUAGGGUUUGUUUUUUUUUAAAUAAGUUGAUUAUUAAAUAACCUGAAUAAUAUUAAUGCUAAUUAAUAUAUUAAUCCUAUCAAGGGCUAGAUUUACUAAAGUUAUCUGUGCAAUGCUACAAUUUUUAGCAUGUGCAAAAACAAUACCAUGUGGUGACUAGUCACUGUCUAUGCUGCUGAUUUUUGCAUUUGUUAAAUAUUUGCUUUAGUAAAUCAGGCCUGAAGUAUGUUGAAGGCUUUGAGAAUGUAAAGAAAUUCAGUUUCUACCAGUCAUGAAAUUACAGUGUAGCAUUAUGAAACCUUUGCAAUGACUCAGUCAUGGUUUCUAUGUGUGAAAGACACUUUAUAUUUAACUUCAAAAUUCAUUAUGAAUUUUACCUGACCUUUGGUGGGGAAACUUGCAAGUUGUGUUUUCUAAACAUGUUCUGUCCUAAAUAAUUUUUUUUGUUCAAAAUUUGCUGUGACCUCUGCCACUAAUUAUUGGAGACAUUUUUUUUUUAUAUUGUCAUUCGCCCCUUCUGAUGCUCCUGCAUAAAAUGUAUUGAUUUCAAAUCACAACUUGAGUAACUGAAAUGGAUGAUGUACUUUUUGUUCAUAUGAUGUUCAAAAUAUGACUUGAAUUAAUUGGCAGCACUAUAUUUACAUGUUAUUUUGUUUGCUUGGAUUUUUCUUACAAAAGCAUUGCAAAUUUUCACUAGGUGUCAUUUCAGGUUGUAUUUAUUUGGUAUUUUUUUAGUGUUUCAAUGGCUUUAAAUAUUGGAAAAUAGCCAUGUUAGUUUUGGUCUUAAUUUUAACAUAUGGAUCCUUUUUAGUGACCUUGACAUGCAACCGUGCAUAACAUAUCCCUGGCAAUGAUAAUUUACACAAUUUAUGCUUUCUAAUUAUGGAUUGUGAAUUAACAUUUUUCUGAUCUGAAAUUUUCAAAAGGUACAGGAUUCUUCUGCCAUCUAGAGCUACUGCACAGACAAUGCACACUGAGGAUUUAUUUUAAACUCCUUUCUGAUUAGCUUUGUGCCAUUUGACCAAUAAAAGAUGUUCAGUUUGUUAAUGGCAUAACUUUAUUUUUUUUUUAUCCGAUAAUUUGACUAUUUAGGUAAAUCUGAUUACAACAAAGCAUUUUAUAUAUAUUUUAUUGAAUGCACUUUUCCAAUAAUUCAGCAUUAAUGUAACCCAGUCAGCUUUCAUAACAUCCAAAUUAAUUGUGUUGAAUACAUGAAAAUAUGAGUAGACAAAAUAAAAGUACUGUCAUUAAGGGGUUCUGCACGGGGGAAAGUGGUUUGAUAGGUAACUUGUAAAUCCUUACCAACUCCUUUAAAUUCCCUAAGCUUGGUGAUGUCACGUUUUAUUCUGUUUUAAGGCAGUGAAUAAGAAUCCGUGUACUGUAUAAUUUUACCCAGUUUUUUGUUUUCUUUGAUUUGCAUAUUUGUAAAACAAUGGGAGCUGGCUCCUUUGACCAUAUAGUGGUGGAGAAAACCUUAACAGUUACACAAUUUGGUUUGAAUUGUGCUACCUUAUUUUGUUUAUAGAGGAUGAUUUGGAAAAUCUCUACAUCAUAUUCUUCUCCAAAGCUGGCAUUUUCCAAAAUGUCUUAGAUGUUACUGCACUGCAUCAUAUUGAUUUGGAUAUGUUUUAAAGUGUAGUAAUAGUAUUGUUUUGACUCGUGGCUCCUCAGAAGUGUUCAGUAUACAAAACUGCAGUGCAUUACUACUGAAUUGGCUUGAACAUGGAUAACAUGACUGUUUCUUGCAUCUCCCAGUUGUUUGUUUCUUCAUUCUGUGAUUUUUCUGUAGUAGUAAAUAGUUUAUUUUAAAAAUCUUAAUUUUUUUCCACAUUUGCAUAAAAAAAACAACCAAAUA